AUGACUGCCGUGGUUGCGGCGAAUUCAUCUGAUGAAAAUCUAUCCGCCAAUCAUCAGAGAUCUAUGAAGACACAAGGAAAUCAAACGGAAGAAUCACAGUCAUUUCUACAACAAAAUCAAUAUCGUCAAAGUCAAGUGUCUGGUUUCUCUUGGCCAUCGAAUUUACCCACAGCAGUGAAUUAUUCUGUGAAUAAUAUACCAGUGAAAUCACAGAAACCUUAUGUUAUGCUGAUUGGUUUCAGAGCUACUGAUCAUCCUGAAAUGGGUAUUUUAGCCAGUCUACCAAUUAUUGUACAGAUUCCGCAUAGAUUGAAUAGAAAUUGUGAUACUAUGGAUCAACCUCAUUUCUUAUUUUCAGAUAAAUUUGAUGCUAAAAAUAAAGUUAGACGAUGGUUUGUUGAAGUACCGUAUGGAGCAACAGCUGGAAUAUUACGCCUAGCACGUUUAGACAAUGAUGGUGAUAAAUCGUGUGAAUUUACUAUAACAAUCAAUUCACCUUGUAUUGGUAUGAAUUCAGAUAAACAAGAAGUAAAAUGGUCAUUUGUUGAAUUAAAUAGAUGUGGUCAAUCGAAAUCAGGUUUAAAACGUAAUGAUAAAAGUUCACCAGUUUUAGGCGCAGAUGACUUCGACUGUGCAUCUCAGUUUGCCUUUCCAAUUAACUGGGAGACAGAUUAUCUAGAAUUGACUAUAGCACAACAUUGGGGAUUAGAAAUGCCAGCUAUUGUUGUCGGUGAAUUAUACUUUCGUGGUUUGGAACCAAGUUUAAGAAAUAUUGUUUUAAAUACAAGUGAUCGUUACUGUCGUAUUGGUUUACAUUCAAAUUUCACUAGUGAAUCAAUACAACCGGAUAUCUGGUUGACUCAUUGGUGUUUAUCUGUGAAGCCAUAUGAUUCAAAAAUUUUCUAUCUAGGUCAUGGAAAAAAUGAACUUCUUGUCAAUGGUCAUAGUUCAUAUGCUCUGCGUUUAAUGUAUCGAUUUAGUUGUCCGUUUAAAACAGCUACAACAGUCAUCUGUUUGCCAUGGUUACAAGAUAUGUUAUAUAGUAGUGAUUAUCUAAUCCAUAUAUUUCAUGUCUAUGAUUCACGUGGACGAUUUAUGGGCGCUGGUGAAUACGAUGGACAUCGUGAACAACGUCCGAAAUUCACGUUUAAUUUAUCUAAAGGAGAUUAUAAAGUUAUAGCACAGAUUUGUCAUGAAAAUGGUCCCUUAUUGAAACGUGGUUCGGCGACAAAAUUAUCCACUGUUUCCUCGACAACAAGUAAUGAAUUAUGCCAAACACUGGAUGAAUCUGAUUCGACUGGUGGUGAUUCAACUUCAGCCAACUCUUCUUGGUCACCAUUACAAGCAUUGCAGAAUACACCAUUGUUAUUACGUUUCCGAUUAACUACUGGUGGAAUGGAGACAACAACAUCAACUGGUACUACCGGUGCUGGUCGUAAACUUGGUAGUUCUUCUUCUUCGUCAAAUGGACAAAGUAUUCUACGAUUUGAAUUUAGUGCAUUGCCAUCAUCGCUUAAUCUGAACGGAUCAAAAGCUUGUUCAGCUAUGGAUCCAUUAAUCUAUGAUGCUAAGCAAACACUAAUGGUUGCUACUGGUGAUGAUGAUAAUAGUGAUAAUAACAAUAAUAAUAAUUAUAAUAAUGCCGAUGGUGAUAGGCGGAGGAGCGGUAGUGUUGGUGGUGGUGGUGCUUCAAAUGAAUCAUUUUCAUCAAAUGAAAAUGCAACUGAUGAAGAAAGCAGAUCAAAUCGUUUCGAACUUGUCCGACGGCUGCCAUGCCUUCCGAGUCGUGUAAAUGCAUGUGAAACAAUCAGUAUCUUUUUAGGUCUUACAGAUGAACGAUAUCCAUCUUAUGCAGUGCCAGGUUCAUAUUUUUCUGGAACAAUUGGAUUUUAUAAAUCUAAUCUAUUGCAUAAUAAGGUAACGUACCCAUUCCGUCUUAUUUUGGAUAAUUCAAAUCUAUUGUCUACGACCACUCCAACUACGACUACUACGUCUCCUGCAUCGUCUUCUAUAGUUACACCAGCUUUGUCACCGAGUAGUUCACUCACGACAACAAUUACUCCAGCAUCAGAACAACCUAAAAAGUUGCCUAUAAGUUAUAUGGGUAUCGGUGUUGAAGACAUGGAAUGGAUUCAGUGUAUAGGCGAUUUAUUCCUGUUCAAGAAUAGAAAUAAAAAAGAAUUAAUUGCAGAUAACGAAUUAGCUAACUCUGUCCGUAAGACAUUCAACAAUAACGACGACGACGACGACCUUCAAGUACCUGGACAACAAGAAAAGCAGGCGAAAGAAAAAGAAGAGAAAUCUGGGCAUAAAUAUCAGCAGCAGCAGAAUCAUAAGGAUGACAGUGGGGAUCAUCAACCUUCAACGAAAUGUUUACUAAAUUUAUGUGAACAAGCAAUGAUAAUGGAGACAGUGCAAACAAUUCCGAAUAAUCAAUAUCCUGAUGAUAUGCUGUCAUCCAAUUGGAGUGUUCAUUCUGUAUCUUUUGAUGAUACUAAAUGUGAAGAAGUGAGUGAUUUCAAUGAAUCAGCGUCUACUAUGACGGAUGUACAGAAGGAUAAGAAAAUACCAACAUCACCUAUUAGCAAAGGGAGUGAAUCAAGUGGACCGGCUAAAGAUGGUGUGGAUGAUGCAUUGAUCUCACCGCCAUCACCACCACCACCACAACAACAACAACAACUACUACUACUACUAUUACUAAUAGCUGUUCUAAUCCCUGUGUCCUAA